CAGCGUUUCGUGCAGUUGGAGCCACGUCCACCACUGACCUGUCUACCUGUCUCCUCCACCGGCGACCCGUCUUCUCCCAGCGACCCGUCUUCUUCGCGUCUGCGACACGGGCUCCGACGGGAACGCGCCGGCGUCCGCGCUUGAGGACGGCUGUCGUGCCUGCGGGAUAGGGGAUCGCUUCGUCCACACGUGCCCCGACAGUCGUGCCGCGAUAUGGACGGCUCGGACCUGGGCCUCUGCGACACGGCCUCCCACGGCGACGCGCCGGCGUCCGCGCCUGAGGACGGCCGUCGUGCCUGCGAGAGAGGAGCUGGCUUCGUCCACGCCUGCCCCGGGAGUCGUGUCGCGACCUGGACGGCUCCGACCGGGUCUUCCACGAACGGCGCGGCGGCCGGAUCUGCGACGGAGCGGCACGGGCCAAGGACGGCGGGGGCUUGCGGCCGGCGCUUCGCCGUUAGCCAGAUCUGCUACGUAGCAGCAGGGCAGACACGCGCAAGUCCUCAGGCUCUCCUCUCGGUCUCUUCUGCAGCUAUUCGAGAUGGGGGACAUACUCAUACCUAGCCUUAUGGUUGGAGACUGCUCUCAUAGCUUGUGUGUGCGUGCCUCUAGGCUUUGGGAAUUCCUUGAUCCUCAGGAUGACAGUAGGCUCCUGCAUACUGAUCUUGUUUUGCUUGAUGAAGAGGGAAACAGCAUACAUGCCCAGAUCUAUCCUCCGUUAUGCCAACAGUUCAGUGCGCUGCUUGAUGAGGGAGCGGUAUACAACCUGAAGUAUUUCUUAGUCAGGAAAGCUAACAGGUUCUACAAACCGGUUGAAAACUGCAACAUGAUCAGCUUUACAAAGUGGACUACGGUUGAAGUUGUCCUCCAGAUCCCCCCUGCUUUUCCGGUUUGCACAUAUAACCUCACUCCCAUAGAACAGCUCCAAGCGCGUGUGGACUACAAUGAAUAUUUCACAGAUGUGGUCGGUGUUGUCAGUGUGAUCUCCCAUGUUUCAUCGCUGCGCACAAGGGGACGACAGGCUGAGGUUAUGAAGAGAACAGUCACUAUAAGCAAUGCAAGGGAUACUGGCCCAACCGUUGAUGUUGUGCUUUGGGGCGAGCGGGCCACAGCUUUCCCAGCUGAACAGAUCCACAGGGACAAUCGAUCCUCACCACAGAUCAUAGUAUUUGUUGGCACUCUCGUGAGGAGUUACGCUGAUAAUGUGUCAUUAUCGGGUGGAUCAUCAUGCAAGUGGUACAUAAACGCACCGCUACCGGAAGUAAACGCUCUCAAAGCUAGUGCUGAAACCAACCACAACCCUGUCAUUUGGGAUCAGGGGAAAGCAGCUGCUGAGAGUACAGUCAUUGCAGUUCCUGAACAUAAGAAACUCAAGGAUAUUAAAUACCUCCAUCCUUUUGAAACUAAGAAGAAGGAAUGGCUUGUCGUCGUAAAGAUUCUCAAGAUUGAUAGAUCAUGGUGGUACAACGCAUGCAAAAAAUGCCUUAGGACAACCAAACCACACGGUGACACAUACAAGUGCACCAAUAAUUCCUGUGACAGCAUAGGAUCGCCUACCCCAAGGUACAAGAUAUCCCUCACCGCUGAAGAUGACACUGACACUGCCGAGUUUAUCUUCUUUGGACGAAUGGCGCAGCGCCUCAUUAAAAAAAAUGUGGACACCCUCAUCUCGACUAAUCCACCCGGUUUCAUUCCAAGAGAAAUUACAGAUCUACUGGAAAAGUCUUUCGAGUGGAAUGUUAGCUUCAUCGAAAGCACAAUUAUUUAUGGCAGUGUUUCCUUCCAAGUGAAUGCUAUAAACGCAUAAAUGGAUGGUGGCAACAUGCUUCCAACUACACCGUCCUCACAGCCGUCGUCGACCAUACUUUCUCAAGUAGGACACGGAUCAGGUGUCGCACAAAACAGAGGGGCUGCCUUCAUCCACGAGCCGUCACUAACACCAGAGAGUCACAAAGUUUCAUCUAGCGCCAAGUGUAACAUACAGACAACCCCACAUCAGGGAGACAAUCUGCUGCAGGGAACAGAGAUUAUCACUUCUCCGCCUAACGUGCAGGCGCCAUCAGGAGCUGCUUACAGCGUGCUAGAUGGGUCUACAAACAAGGCUCACAAAAGUGUUGCCGGAAAAAGGUCUCGAACAUCACCGUCCAAGAAGGUUGCCAAGAAACUUUUUAGAGAUGAAGACACAGGAGAUGACGAUGUUGCUGGUUCCACAGACGUUGAUGCUGAGUAACGAUAUGUCCAAUUCUCCCCUACAACUUCAUGAGAUAUAUGCUUCCAAGUGUUCCAGCUGCAUGUAGUAUAAGGCAGUUGGUACUAAGCAAAUCAAAAGCCCAAUGAUCAGUAAUAACUACUUUUAACUAACUAAAACACUGUGAUGCAUAGGAACAACAUUCAAAGCAAGAUCACAGAUUACCAAAUAUCUCAAGCAAGCAUUCUAAAACUAACAGCAGGUCCAUAUGCGGGUCAUUGAACUAAUAUAUAAACAAAAUAGAAAAUUAGCAAGUUUUUAGAAAAGAGGUCAAUAGGAUAAAACAUCAGCAAGUCAAAAAAAUUGAUAGUCAAAUGAUUUUGAAUGGAUUACCUUCAUAGACAUCUUAGGUCGAGCUCUACCGAAAAUAAAUUUAGACAUUAUAUUUCAGAUUGCAAUGCUUGCCAAAACUUGUUAAUUGAUUGCUACCCUUUUUUAGUUGCAGUGCUUUUGGACACGAGCACCACCAGCCAUGGAGACCCGCUUUUGGGAACUGAGGAUCGCUUUUGGGAACUAUCUCAGUUCAUCUAGGUUACUCUUAGAACUUGCGUCCCCUGCUGUGCAGGGAGUAUGGUUUUAUGCUUGUAAGAUAUGAGCAGCGCUAUGCUGUGUGCUUCACUGCAAGUUAUGUAUUUUGGUACUUCUAAGGUAGUAACUGCUCAUAACUGUUCUAUGCGUGCGAUCUUGCGAGGACCAUACUCGUGGUAUGUAAAGCAUGCCUAUGUAGUCUAGGCCUGUACAAGACAUUUCUUCCCUUGGUGCUUGUACUAUUUCUCUUUGUCGUUCUGUGCUACUACCAGCCAUCUGUUUGUCGUUCUACUCCCCUUAGCAUGUAACUAUUGAGUGGUAACCAAUCAGACGCGUCCAUUUCAAGAUUUUCCUUAGUUUCCAUUGAGAUUUGUCUAUUACCACGGUUAUCUGUUAAACAAACUAUGAAGUUCAGCAUAUAAUGGUCAGAGGCUAUGGUAUUUAUCUUAUAGUACAGGAAAUAGACAUCGGAGCAGCUCCUAUGUUCCAUUAAAGGACGAAGGCAAUUCAAUUCUGAAUGAUAAGAAAAAUACCAAGAUUCAGCUUGGGAUAAAAAAGAUUUGGUCUCACCCACUUGAGACUGUAUGAACUAUUAUGGUGGCGUGGACUGUGGAUCUUAACUGACCUGAACACAGCCUGGAACACAUCAGGCCACUGAUAUUUCCUGCUAAGAGGCGCAAGGUUGUCACUAUGAAGAAGAGGAAGGAAAGGGUGUCCUGACUCCUGAAUCAACCCUUCCUUCAGUGGUGGGUAUCACUGCAGAAGAAAGCACUGCACUGAUACUUGCUGCUUUAGAAAGUAAGGCACAAAAGGUAGUGGCUGAGGUGAACGAUGAAGCUGAUGAGGGUCUGAGAGAUUUGGAAUUAGUUUACUAUCUUUUACCUUUUGUCCAUAAUUGUCCUAGGCAUAGUAGUUUUUCUUUUCUUUUGUAGUCCUUGAAAAACUAUGACUUCUCUUUUCAGGAUCUUACUCCUGUUGGAAGAGAUGCUUUGUCACGAAUUAGAGGUCGAGAUUUUGACUCAGCAUGUGGUCUUACUGAGGAUACCGGGGCCUUGGUUGUAUGGCAAGCACCACCCAUCUGUUCAUGUAAUUUCUUUUGUAUUAUCUUGGGCUGACAGUAGUACUUUCUAUGAUUGAAGAAAUGGAUUCCUGUUAAGGAGAAAUUGGUUGUCCUCAAGAAAAAUGUGGAACCUUAUGUACAGAAGGUAUCGACAAGAUCAGUGAAGUUUUAUAAGUCAUCAAGGGAUGCUGUGACACCUCACAUUGUCAAAGUUAAAGAGUUUGCUCAUCCCAGGAAGCCAAGAGGUUUUCUAAGCCUUACAUUGAUCAAAUUGCUGAGAUCACUACACUAAGAGAACAGUUCAUGCGUAUGGGUCAUUUCUUGCGUCUGCAACCACAUACCAUCGACAGGCUCAGGCGACCAUCAUGGACUACCUCCAUCAGCAUGGGGUACCCAGGUCAUUUGCAACGAAGGAGUUAGUUUGGUUCCUGGUAAGCACACCACACUAAUUCGGCAGUGGACCUCAGGUCAUGGGCACCCUUUACCGUGAGAAGCGUUGUAGCCUACACCACCAACAUUUCUCUUUCUUUUACUUCUUCCCAGGUGUACUA